CCGGCUACCACCACCCCCGAUUUUCCCCCUCAGCCCCUCUCCUGCCACUACCUCCAGCAGCUUGAUCCCCCCGCCCGUAAAUUUCUGGCCCCCGUUCAGACCCUGGCAGCACCCCCGCUGUGAUUUGCCGCUUGAUCCUUUUAACCCUCCCCGCCCCCCAGGAGGCAGUAGAAGUGAGGGCAGAGAGAGGGCAGCGGCGACAGCGAACGUUACUCGUCAUGCGCAGUUCGGAUGCGCAUGCUCAGUGCACCCACAGUAAGGAAUCGAGAGCAGGCGUUGUUUGGCUCAGGCCCUGCCCGGGGCCCAGCCUGCCGCUGUAUUUCCACUGACAGCGCAGCCGUGCCCGUCCCCUUUGCGCUCCCACUUCCGGUGCUCCGCACGCGAAGCCGACGGCCUCUAGCCUCGGCCCCGGCGAACUCCGCUCCGCUGUCAAUGCCCCUUCCCGGUUGCGCCCUCUGCCGCGCCUCUCAAUGGGUCACGUGUCUCGGCGCGCUCCGCGGCGUUUCCGGCGCGCUCGCGGCUCUAAAGACAUGAACCGAGGGAUGAUGCUGAAAUUGGAAAACCUGGUCCAAUUACGUUGUGCUUUCAGACAGCUGCAUAGUCUUUCUUACAGGAAAAUUCACAGAACACAGUGGAAGCCUGUGCAGUCAUCCACAUACACCAUGCGGCCAGUUCAGCUGCACCCACAGCUCUGGCAAACAAAUGCAUUCUUUGGUGUUGCGCUCUCACAAUAUAGGCUUUUAGCUACAAAGGAGGGGAAAAGACCAGGGAAACAGAAAUUACCGCCAAUAAAACUUAAAAUAGAAAGGCAGGAGGUAAACAUACAGCCAAGGAUGACAGUUGAAGAUCUUGCAAGAGCUAUGGAUAAAGACAUAGAUCAUGUGUAUGAAGCCCUACUACUCACAGGUGUUGCCCUAGACUCACUAGAACCAGAUUCAGUUUUGGAAGAAGUCUGGAUUAAGGAAGUUGUUAAAAAAUCAGGGAUGAAAUGCAAAUGGGCAAAAUUAAAACAAGAAAAAGUCAGAGAAAAUAAAGAUGCCGUGAAAAGGCCUCCUGCUGAUCCAGCUUUAUUAACCCCGAGGCCUCCAGUUGUUACUAUAUUGGGCCAUGUUGACCAUGGGAAAACAACUUUACUUGACAGUCUACGAAAAACUCAAGUGGCAGCAAUGGAAGCGGGAGGCAUCACCCAGCAUAUUGGUGCCUUUCUUGUACAUUUGCCUUCUGGGGAAAAGAUAACUUUUCUUGAUACUCCAGGACACGCUGCCUUUUCAGCAAUGAGGGCAAGGGGUACGCAGGUCACUGAUAUUGUCAUAUUGGUUGUAGCAGCAGAAGAUGGAGUAAUGAAACAAACUAUAGAGUCCAUUCAACAUGCUAAAAAUGCCAAAGUUCCUAUCAUCCUUGCCAUAAACAAAUGUGACAAACCUGAAGCUGAUCCCGAAAGAGUGAAGAAAGAAUUGCUGGCUCAUGAUGUCGUUUGUGAAGAGUAUGGCGGUGACGUUCAGGCUGUACAUAUAUCUGCACUUAAGGGUGAGAACCUGAUGGCUUUAGCAGAGGCAACUGUUGCUCUAGCAGAGGUUUUGGAACUGAAGGCAGACUCCACAGGCCUAGUAGAGGGAACCAUAAUAGAAUCUCGCACAGAUCAAGGAAGAGGUCCAAUAACCACGGCCAUAAUCCAGAGAGGAACUCUGAGAAAAGGAUAUAUUCUGGUUGCAGGUAAAAGCUGGGCCAAAGUGCGCCUGAUGUUUGAUGAGAAUGGCAAAACAGUAGAUGAAGCCACUCCCAGCAUGCCGGUGGAAAUUGUGGGCUGGAAGGAAGUCCCUUCAGCAGGAGCUGAAAUCCUUGAAGUAGAAUCUGAGCAAAGGGCACGUGAAGUUGUUGACUGGAGAAACUAUGCUGAACAACAGGAGAAAAUCAAACAGGAUAUGGAAGUUAUUGAAGCGAAACAAAAGGAACACAAAGAUGCAUACAAGAAAGAGCGAGAGAGCCUAUCCAAUCUGACCUGGAGACAGAGAAAAGCAGCAUUGUAUAAAACCAACAAACAUCUAAUAGUUAUGAGGUCUAAAGAGAGAGUGGAGAGUGACAAAAACGUGCUACCUGUAAUUGUUAAAGGUGAUGUGGACGGUUCCACUGAGGCCAUUCUAAACAUUCUGGACAGCUAUAAUGCUGACAGUGAAUGUGAAUUGGAUGUGAUCCAUUUUGGAGUAGGAGAUGUCAGUGAAAAUGACAUAAAUCUUGCUGAAACAUUUAAGGGUGUCAUAUAUGGAUUCAGUGUGAAUGCAAACAAAUCUAUUCAGCAGCUGGCUGCUAAAAAGGGAAUAAAAAUUAAACUUCACAAUAUUAUCUACCAUUUUAUUGAGGACUUGAAAGAUGAGUUGAGCAGCAAAUUGCCCCCAUCUGUAGUAGAACAUAUAAUAGGGGAGGCCUCUGUUCUCACUACCUUCUGUGUCACAGUAGGAAAAAGCAAGGUUCCAGUGGCUGGCUGCCGAGUACAGAAGGGGCAGUUAGACAGAAAGUUGAAGUUUAAACUAAUUCGUAACAGAGAUGUUAUUUGGAAAGGAUUUUUAACCUCACUGAAGCACCAUAAAGACGAUGCCCAGGUAAUAAAAACUGGCAUGGAUUGCGGCCUCAGUUUGGAUAAGAACGUAGAGUUCAAUAUUGGAGAUGAAAUUAUCUGCUAUGAAGAAAAGGAAGUUGAACGGACAAUAUCAUGGGAUCCAGGAUUUUAAAUAAUUUUAUUUCACUUGAAUGUGAUGGAGAAAAGGCCUUGAAUUAUUCCUGAUCAUAUUUACAGAAAGUUCUUAUUAUUAAAGACACUUACAAAGUGGCUUAUAUUGUAAUAAUUCUUUGAGCUCUUAACAAGAGUUCCAAUAGCUGAUAUUUCAAAAGUAAAAGGAUUUGUUUCAGGGGCUAUGAAUGACAGGGGUGGCCUCCUCAGUUCUGCAGGAUUGUGCCAGCUUUGUAGACCCAUAAGCUCACAGUAGACAGGAAAGCAUGGGAGCCAGCAUGGCAGUGUUAAUUCCUUGGGGACAGAAGAGAUAUAUCUAAAACAUGCUAGGAGUCAUUUCUAGCAUGAGUAAAAAGUACCUUUUUAGGAAGGAAAAGAGUAUUUCAGGUCACUGUAAUACUGUUUGUAUUGGUAAUAUAGUUUGGUUGAUAGAAAUAAUUCAACUGUUAAAAUAUUAUCUGAAAAGAAUAAAAUGGCUAGACAAACACAGAAGGAA